UGUUUCAGGGCUCUAGGCUGUAUCCUGUAUGAGAUGUGUUGCCUGUCACACGCCUUUGAAGGACACAACUUCUUGUCAGUUGUGAUGAAGAUAGUGGAGGGAGAAACCCCCAGACUGACAGCCAGUUACUCUCUGGAGCUCAACACACUCAUGCAAAGGAUGCUGGAGAAAACCCCGUCAUCCAGGCUCUCUGCUGCAGAAGCUCUGAAAACUAAAUUCAUUGAGGACAGUAUGCAGAUCUUAAAACACAAGUUCUGUAGUCUGACACUGAGAGACAAGACAUCGGCGGGAGAAAGAGACGCAGCACAGAUAUUGAAAGCGGUGCAGAGAAAGGUGCACCUUCAGACACUGAGGGAGAAGUCAGAGCUAGACAUAAUGACCCCCAGGGAGAGAAUGAGGCUGAGGAAGCUGCAGGCUGCUGACGACAAGGCCAGGAGGCUUAGGAGACUUGCUGAGGAGAAAUACCAGGAAAACCACUUCCGAAUGCAGGAGCUGAGGAGCCGCCAUUUCGAGAAAGUCAGUUUGGACGUCUUGAAUGAGAGUGCAGGAGAUGCAGUCCACCAGACUGCACCAAUCACAGCUGAGGACUACCGGUCACUGGGUUGCUCACAACCAAUGGGAAGGCAGCAGCAGGACAAGAUGCGAAUGUCUGAGCCAGUGGGGCGUGAGAUCCCAGAGGACCCUCAGACUGCAGAGGUGUAUUAUUACAUGGAUGGAUUUGAGUCCUGCACUGAUGAAGAGGAGGAGGAAAGAGAGGAAGAGGACACCCUGACCUCAGAAACCCUCUGUCAUACCUAUGGACAG